GCCAGCGGCCGGCAGAGAGGCAGCCGCAGUCUCGGCUGGGACCAUGAAGCGGGACGUGCGGAUCCUGCUGCUGGGCGAGGCCCAGGUGGGGAAGACCUCCCUGAUUAUGGCCCUGGUGGGCGAGGAGUUCCCUGAGGAGGUUCCCCCUAGAGCUGAAGAGAUCACAAUUCCAGCUGAUGUGACUCCUGAGAAGGUGCCCACCCACAUUGUUGAUUACUCAGAAACAGAACAGACAGAGGAAGAACUACAGGAUGAAAUCCACAAGGCAAAUGUGGUAUGCAUGGUAUAUGAUGUCUCUGAGGAUUCCACCAUUGAGAAGAUCCGAACAAAGUGGAUUCCAUUGGUGAAUGGAAGAUCAGAAAAAGGGCCCAGAAUCCCUAUUAUUCUAGUAGGGAACAAGUCAGACCUACGCUCUGGGAGUUCCAUGGAGACCAUUCUUCCAAUCAUGAACCAGUUUUCUGAGAUAGAGACCUGUGUAGAGUGUUCUGCCAAGAACUUGAAAAACAUCUCAGAACUGUUCUAUUAUGCUCAAAAGGCAGUUUUGCACCCUACAGCCCCUUUGUAUGAUCCAGAGGAGAAGCAGCUAAGGCCAGCUUGUGCUCAAGCGCUCACUCGCAUCUUCAGACUCUCUGACCAGGACAACAACCAGGUGCUGAGUGAUGAUGAGCUUAAUUACUUUCAGAAAUCAUGUUUUGGAAAUCCUUUGGCACCCCAAGCCCUGGAGGAUGUGAAAAUGGUGGUGUGUAAGAAUACAACAGAUGGCGUGAAGGAUGAUGGGCUGAGCUUGGAUGGCUUCCUCUUUCUGAAUACCCUCUUCAUUCAGAGGGGCCGUCAUGAGACCACCUGGACCAUCCUACGCCGCUUCGGCUAUGACGAUGAGCUGGAGCUGACUGAUGACUAUCUUCAUCCACUGAUCCGUGUUCCUCCUGGCUGUACCACUGAGCUCAAUCACUUUGGUUACCAAUUCUUGCAAAAGAUGUUUGAGAAGCAUGACAAGGACCAAGAUGGAGCCCUCUCCCCUUCUGAGCUUCAGAGCUUCUUUAGUCCAUUCCCUUCUCUGCCUUGGGGCCCUGAACUCUACAACACGGUAUGCACCAAUGAUAAAGGCCUGCUUUCCCUGCAUGGAUUCCUCUGCCAGUGGACGUUAGUAGCCUACCUGAACAUUCACCACUGCCUGGAGCACCUUGGUUACCUGGGUUACCCUAUCCUGUGUGAACAAGACUCUCAGACACAUUCCAUCACAGUCACUCGAGAGAAGACGAUGGAUCUGGAAAAGGGACAAACUCAGAGGAAUGUCUUCCUCUGUAAAGUGAUUGGUUCUCGGGGUGUAGGCAAGUCAGCAUUCCUACGGGCUUUCCUUGGGAAGAACUUAGAGGUGAGAGAACAAUCCUUCUAUGCCAUCAACACAGUGCAAGUCAACGGGCAGGAGAAAUAUUUAAUACUGUUUGAAUCAGAAGCAGACACACAAUUGACCACAGCAUCCAGUGUAGCCUGUGAUGUUGCCUGCUUGAUGUUUGCUGUGGACGACCCUAAAUCCUUCAUCUACUGCACCAGUAUUUAUAAGCAAUACUACAUGGAUGGACAGAUCCCUUGCCUCUUUGUUGCCACCAAGUCUGAUCUGCCAGAAGUGUUCCCACAACAUGGGUUGUCCCCAGCUGAGUUCUGCUACAGGCACCACCUCCCUCCACCAUGUUUCUUCACCAGCAUUGGCCCCAGUGCUCCUAGCACCACUGUUUUCACUCGGCUGGCAACUUUGGCUGCUUUCCCGCAAUUGAGUGAUUUAGAACUUCGAACAGCUUCCUUUUGGCUCCGGAUGACCCUGGGGGCCACUGUGGCUGCAGUUAUUGGAUUCACCCUUUACAAGACUCUGGUGAAGAACAAGUAAGGGGAAGGUCUGGGUCCCACCAGACACUGAUGCUGCAGUUGGCUUCUCUUCAUCCUGCCAGGACAGAUCAGGGUUACCCACGCACUGGAGGAGCACUCCCUGAUGAUUUCUCCCUGCCUCUGCCUCAGAGCCCAUUAUAUUAUAGCCUCAACUGGCAUUUCACGAUGCACUCUUCCCAUCUCACUAAGUCCUCUAAACUCUGUGUUCCCAAUCUCAGGGCCCUUCGGAGGGGCUGAGGAAGCAGAGGGACCUCCAAGAUCAUAGCUUGUUUAGAAUUUUUAAAGUUUUCAGGCUCAGUCUCCUAAAGAAGGCACCUACCUCUAUCUGUCUGGAAGGGAGGCUUGGGACUGGCUUCAGACAUUGGUGGGACCUCUCUGCCUUCCCUGCUUGAUUUUAGGGUGGCAUACCUGAGGGGAGGGGAACCAGCAAAACCCCAGCAGAACCCCACAGUGGUCAACCGGAAGAUAUUUCCUCCUGAUCCCAACCUUUAACCUAGGAUUACAAUGGGGAGAUUUGGCACCCAGGGAGACUGUAGAAAUACAGUCUUUGGGGUUCUCAGCCGUUCGGUCUCCUUCCAUUAGGCAUAAACUGUACCCCAGUUCACACUUACUCAUCUGACAUGCUGAUUCCCAAAUUGGAAUCUCUAGCAAUGUUCUGGGCCACAUCUCUUCUCUUUCCCGGGCCCGCUUAGAUGUUCCCAAAUCUCCAGCUUCCUUCUCUCAGCCUCAUGCCUUUGGGUAUAAAGUGUCACAUACUUUGCUGUGUUCUGAGAGUUUGUGCCGUGCUGGCAUUAUAGAACUGAAUUCCAAAAGAUCCUUAGUUGGGAGGCUAGGAGGCUUAUGGAUUCAAACUGGAAUUCUCCUUAGGCAAUCUCCAUCUCUGGGUCAUCUUCUCCUUCCCUUCCUCAUCAGGCUUGGGGCUCUAAGGUUUCCUAAGCUCAAAAGCAGGCUGAAGCUCAUGGCUCUGGGAAUUAGGACAGAAUCAGGAGAUAGCCCCUGGAGCAAAGGAGGCCAUUAAGGAUUUUUCCACCAUGAGUGACCCAGAUUUUGGACUAAUGAAAUAAUCAUCCCGUGUUCACCACUUCAGUAUGCAUACACGUUAGGGCAUGAAAAAAAAAAGUCAUUUUGUUUCCCAUUUAAACUGGAAAUUCUAUCUUUUCUAUGACUAAGACCUCAUGCUUUGAAAAAUGUCUUUUUGUGUCAGCCUAAAACAUGUCUCUUCAUCCUCAAUCUUAGCGUGGGCUGGAAUCCUCUUGACAUGCCUCUCUCUUCUCUCCCUGUUUCAAUUUUCUCUCCCUCUAUCUUUUUUUAUAAAUACAUAUUUCUUGACAUCCUCCACUAGGAAUGAUUGCCCCAUCGCAUCUGUGUCUGUUGCCCAUCCCUUCCCUGCUGGCACUCAUCUGACCGUGAGUCGGAGGCAGGGUUAGAAAGGCAACCAAUUAAGCAAGGAGCAAGCACUUGGACCUUUCAAGUAUACUCAGGGUAGGGCAGUUUACGUUGUGCUAUUGCAAUAGUGUUAUGUAAACUACCUUUUUAUGCAGUAAUCUAUUUUCAAAAUAGGAUCUAUUUUAGAACCAUAGCCUGGUUCUAUAUAUCUGGAGCAGUGGUGUAUGCUUGGUACACUGACAUCAAGGGUCCGUGUUAAUUGUUUAGUUUACUUUAAAGGAGAGGCUUCAUGUAUUUAUAAUAGAUAUUUGCCAUAUGAGGCCGACAGAGCUGUGAUGUUCCUUUAUGAGCUGAAGAAAAGGGAUACAGCAUUUCCUUACAACAAUCUCUCAAACUUCUCCAGCCCCUAGAUUAUAAGCAGAGGCACAAGGAUAUAGCCAGAAGAGAGUUAUUGGUAUUGAUCCACCAUCUACCAGCUAGGAUCUUUGUCCUGGGUUUGGCCCUUUGUAGCUUUGCUUUGUAAUGUCAUUGAGGGAGCCUGUGGGGCUUAUAAGGCAGGACUUGGUGGUCAGAGGGCUGGAUGAGAGAAAUUUUGGCCAUCUUCAUCUUCUAAAUAAAUAGCCCCUCAACAUUUGUCCUUGAGGCUGAGGGCCAUUUUGGUAGGGAUUAAUUCAACAAUAGAAAAUACAGGACCAAAGCUGCAUUGUGUCCAAGAAGAGAACCAACUUGGGUUGAGUGUCCAUUUUUUCUUUGGGAUGUGGCUUUCAGUGUUGAAGGGAACAGGAAAAGGCCCUACCUCAUGGGUUUGAGGAGUGGGGAGUGGACUUCUGGUUCCCUGUGUCCUGAUUCCCAGUUUGGGAACAGAUUCCUCUUGAGAACCAGUGUCCCAGUCUAGAAUAAUAUAUGAGAAGAAUUGGUGUUUUCAUAGUUAUAACGGGCUUUUCCUGGGAGUGGGAAAAAUUGAUACUUGCUGUCAGGAGACCCUGCUGGUCACUAGCCUUCACUGGUAGAGUCUGGGUAACUGGAUUCUCUUAGCUUCAACAUGGCUUUGAUGAUUCUAGCCAAGAUCCUCAUCCCAGGAUAUCUCCUUUUAUUACUGACCUGCUCUCCAUGCUGCUCUAACAUCAUUUGGACCAGCAUCCUACUGACAAGGCUGUUCCUGUCUAGCCCAGGAGGAAAAGUCUGGGUUGGAACCCCAAGAAAUGCCACUUUUCACCUGCUUUUUUGUGUUUGAGUAUCAUGUUCAUUGUCCAAAGCCAUAUGAUUUUAUGAUGGGAUAAACACUUUUCAAUAAAAUAAGUGUUUGUGCACACCAA